ACUCGUUUGAGUAACUUGGGGACUGGGGGGGGACAGCUUGUUAGUCUCAAAAUGCUCUAUAAUGCGUUAUUAUCACUCACAGCGUUCAUGUUUUGUCUCAGUCUUUUCCUGGUGCACAGAGCCAGGGUUUUAGAAAAUGAUUUUCGCAAACUCCAAGGAGACAUAAUUCUACAAUUAAAUCAACCAUGUUCUGAGGGAGUCGAUGGGAAAUUGGCCAAGAUGCUUAAAACAAGCGAGGACAUUAAGUCAAGAGUCUUCCAGGAAGCUCACAGUUCUCUGAAGAUAUCUUCUAGGAGAGUCAAAAGGGACCCAGGCAGUUCUAGAGCUCCAACAGCAUUUCUGCAGUUAAGGGCUGACACUAACAAACGGCCAGACAUAAGAGGAAAUAUAACUGUGAUCUCUUGGAUUGUUUCUGCACAGCGAGGAAAUGCAAUUUCACAAAAGGAAAACAGAAUUGUUGUCCAAGAAGACGGUUAUUACUUGGUGUUUGGACAAGUUUUGUUUGAAAGCCCAAGCAUAGUUAUGGGUCAUGUCGUUCGAAGUAGGGCCUCAGCUGAAGCCGAGCUGUUGCGCUGCCUGCAAGCGAUGCCCGAUAGAUAUCCUGCCAACACAUGCUACACUGCAGGCACAGUGCAGUUGCUUCAGGAUGACGAGCUAGAACUGGUGAUCCCAGACAGGCCCACAGCCCUGAUAUCUACAGAUGAAGACUCAACCUUCUUUGGUGUCAUACAGCUGAACUGAAACAAGACAGUGGGAGGAUGAUAAGGAUGCAGCUGACUGUUGCUGGAAGUGGGAAACUGACACUGAGCAGCGUGAGGGCUGCGCAGAUAUAAAGCAGAGUGGCAGCAGCAGGAAAACUAUUUUUCCUGCCAGGCAAAUACAUUUUUUUCAAAUAUAUAUUAGCUUUAUAAUGUAGAAUUUGGGUGCAUGUCCUGGGCUGACUCCCAAACAUUUGUACUCAUGUGCCAGCACCUCCUUUCAUCAGUCUAUUUUAGGCGUGUUCCUUUAUACCUUGCUGGGGGCUUCCCUCCUGUUCCACCUACACGCUGUCUGCUUAUUUGUUCCUCUUGUCUAUUUUAAAACGCUUUCCGUUUCCAGAGACUUUGUCAGGAACAAACAAAUGUAUAAAUUUAUCUCCCAGGAAGGUUCUUGAACACCACAAUAAAUAAUGUAUCAUCAUCUAA